AUCUUCCCAAAACGCGGAAACCUGGAUGAGAAGGAAACGCGAGCUGAAGCGGAGGAUCGCGCGCUCACGGAUUCCUCUCUCGCCUCUUUGUGAUGUCACGGCUGGCCGCGCGGCUGUAAUUGCGCCGGUGGGUUGAUGGCGUCAUUCCGUGGCCCUGUGUAGCCUCCCGUGCUCGCUAGCAGAAGGAGCGAGGAUCUGAGGCCGACGCGCGCGGCUCCGGCGCCCGGGAACGAGCAGCGCCAAGCCGGACACUUCAGCCAGGAAACAUGGAGGCCGCGGCCGAGGAGCUGCGGGCCGGCUCCCGGAUUCCGGUCACCAUCGAACAGAUAGUGAAUGACACACUGGUGGUGACGCUCACUUACCGAGAUAGGAGCUACACCGGGAUUUUGCUCGAUUGCAACAAAAAGACUGGGUUGUUCUGCCUGCCAGAUGUCGUAGGAAAGUCAGAAGAGCCUCUCAUAUCCAGACAGGAAUCUGACGUGAUGAAUGAGGAGCCAUGCUCCAAGCCAGCCAUUCAGUCAGCCCAGCGACCAAAGGAUGAGAACACGGAGCCUGACAAGCCUCCUGCCAUCCCCUUACCCAUCCCAGUACAGCCAGGCCAGCCUACCUACCCUCCCUACUUUGAGGGCGCUCCUUUUCCUCAGCCCAUGUGGGUACGUCAUACGUACAGUCAAUGGGUUCCUCAACCUCCACCCCGACCAAUCAAAAGAAAGAAGAGAAGGUCUCGAGAGCCUGGCCGCAUGACCAUUAGCACCAUUAGACUGCGACCUAGGCAGGUGCUGUGCGAGAAGUGCAAGAACACCGUCACCAGCGACGAGGACAGUAAAGAUGGGUCAGCUGUGACCAAGCCUUCCAGGAAGGAGAAUGCACCACAAGGGGAGGAGCAUGCCAAGGAGGCCCCACCUAAAGGACUCAGGAAGGAAGACGGAGAUGCCACAAGGGAAACCAAGAGACGAGAUGAGGCUCCAUGCUAUGAAAGCAAGCGUUGUCGAAAAGAGAGAAAGGAAGAUGAGAAGUUCCCGGGCGGUGAUGUAGUACCUCACAGCCCGGUGAUAAAGAUCUCCUAUAGCACUCCACAAGGGAAAGGGGAGGUAAUGAAAAUCCCAUCCAGAGUUCAUGGUUCUGUGAAGCCCUUCUGCCCCAAGCAGCUGAUGCAGAAUGGGCUCGGGGAGCAUGACAACAGCCGCGAGCCCAGAAAAGAGACACGAUCUGCUAUCGAGUCUAUCCGGACUGGCCUUACUGUGUCUAUCCCCAAACUCAAACUCCCAAAGCUGACUGAUCAGGACAUCCCAUCACCCAAAAUCCGCUUAAAGUCCCGUGGGGAUGGUGUGGAGCGUGUGUCUGUGUAUGAGGCAGAACUGGUGGGGGAGGCAAGGCGCAGGAGUCCCAGGAUUCCUGGUUCGGGUCUGGCCCGACCUGAGGACUCUGGGGAUAAAAAUGCUCUGGAACUGUGGUCAGGUGAGGAAACUGAGCGGCACGGUGACCUCACGCUCCUCAUCAACUUUGGCAAGCGCAAGGCAGACUCGUCCAGCCUUUCAGUGUGUAGCAGCGACAGCCUGGACGAGUCCAAAUCAUUCAGCUCGGAUGGGACAUCGCCAGAGUUGUGCGAGCUAGCACCCGGCGAGCAUGUUAUUGGUGUAUCGUCCUCGGUGUCGACGACAUCAUCAGCAUCACGGGCCGAGGGUAGGACGGUGCCACCGCUGACUGUGAGGUUACACACGCGCAGCAUGAGCAAGUGCAUAACGGAGGAGGGCCACGCUGUAACCGUUGGUGAUGUAGUCUGGGGAAAGAUACAUGGCUUCCCCUGGUGGCCAGCCAGAAUCCUGAGCAUUAGCGGCACUCGGCGAGAGGAGGACGAGGCAGAUGCACCAUGGCCCGAAGCCAAAGUGGCCUGGUUCGGCUCGCCCACCACCUCACAGCUUUCCGUGGCUAAACUUUCACCCUUCCGUGAGUUCUUCCGGCUGCGCUUCAACCGCAAGAAAAAGGGCAUGUACCGGCGCGCCAUCAUUGAGGCGGCUAAAGCAGUGGGCCACAUGAGCUCUGAGAUCACCUCUCUGCUGUCACACUGCGAAACAUAGGAGUGAAAGAGGGGAAGGCUGGACUCUGGCUGGAUUCAGGACCCUGUGCUCCCCUCCUGUCAUUCCCAACCAGGACGGAGUGCAUUUGCUACAGAUCUCAUGAGUGAAGGUGCUUUUUUUUUCACCUGCCCGGAAGGAGUAAUCAGCCACCAUGCAGAGCAGUUGAGGGCUUGAGGGAGCAAGCAGGCAGGAACAUCUGGGAAACACAAGAGAAGAACUCUUCCUCUCCACCUGUUUUUCUACCCUAUCAAUUUGUUCAGGACUUCUGUUUUAGUAUAAUGAGUAGCUCAACACUAAAUCCGAAUGUAUUUAUUGCCGGUGAAGCACAGGCGACCUUGCUACAGUCUCAUACGAUUGAUCCCACCGCUGCUGUUUUCUGUCGGUGUAGAGCUCCUGCCUGUCAGCGGAGUUACUAUAGCUAAUGAAUCCAUCAUGGAUACCAUCAGCCAGCCUGCUCUAGUGACAUUCAUCUAGUCCACUUAGGCAGGAAAAGACGGACAUCCAUAUGAUGGUAAAUAACAUGGCUUACUCCAAGGUCUCUUUCCUUUUUCUUUCAAAACUGAAAAUGUGAAACACGUUUUGUAUCCUCUGCAUCUAGAGAUCAUUGUGUAGGUCUUAAAACAUGCAGUAUGUCGUCAUUAAUAGAUAUAUUUUCACCAGAGGGCCGAAUUUCUUCAAAUGGCCUGUCCCUUUGAGGAAAUGUAACAUUUUUUCCGUUUUUUCCUCAUUUAUUUUUCAUUUUUAUUACGAUGUUUUGAUGCUCUUGGUCUGAGGGCCUUGGGAACUGUGUCAUGGCUUGUUUGAGAAUCACAGAGUUUCAUAUGUACUUGCUUUAAUUAUUUAAUGUGUCAUGUAAAGAAAAGCACUUUAUCUGUACCUUCAGUGGCCUGCUGGACACUCGUACAACGAACACUAAUUUAGAGUUUUACGGCUAUGAACUGCGGACAAGCUCUCAGCAGCCCUCUGGUUCCGACUAUCACACCCGGCGCCUGAAAAGUGACUUCUUUUCUAUCAGGUUUGGACAUGGAUGAGAAAACAAGACGCUUUCAGGAACUAGUUGUGUACACUGUAUUAUUGCGGUUAGUCCGUUUUGUCAACCUGCAUUUGUUUUCCUUCCCACCACCGUCUCCCUAUAAAUGAAAUUUUCCACUGGAGAAAUGGACAGAAGUGUAUACUCCUAUGCAUCACAUCUUUAUUAAAGCUUUAAAAAAAAAAAAAAAAAAAAAAAAAAAACAUAAACCUGCUGUUAUGGUACUAUGAAUUCCAUACCUGUGUGCUCCGGGCACCAAGCAGAAUUGAAAUGCAUUUACACUGCAGGUUUGUUGACUUGUUUCUCCUUCAGGUGGAGAAGAAAGAGUCUUUCUAGUCAGCAACUGACCUUUUAGGGCCUUGAGAAUUUAAAGAGCCACUUCAGUGAGGGCAUGGAAACCAGGGAGGAAAGGAGGUGGGGGAAGGGUGCCAAACCCAAGCGGAGGUAUAUUUUAAGCUCACUGCUAAGCGCAAAGCGUCUCACCACUGCAUUUCAAUGGUAGGUUCUUGUACUUUUUACGGAUCAAUUUUUUUCCUCCUUCCUGAAAUGGUUUUUGAAGGAGGACAGUUGUGCGAGUGCCAGUACAGAGACACUCGAACACUGUCCUCAGAUCAGUGGAAUUUUUUACAUGGUGUACAUAAAAUAAAAUAUACAAACAAUG